AUGUCGGACAAUUGUACGAGGCUUUACCUAGUCUGCGAUCAGGGGUGGGAUCUGGCAGAUGCUAACGUCAUCUGCCGCCAGGAUGGACACUACUCGGCAAAACGAGCCGUUACCGACUCCUACUUUGGGAAUCGUCGUCCAUUACGCUUACAAGAAAUCUCAUAUUUAGCCACCGACUUUGCGUGCAUCGGUAACGAGAGCAAACUCAUCGAGUGUCCGGCCAACUUUUGGUUCCAGGAUAACUGUACUGCUAAUCACCAAGCAGGGGUUCUCUGCAAUCGAAUUAAAGAGCCUGAAGACUUUCAGUUGAGACUUUUGGGCGGCUCUAACGCCAACGAGGGGAGAGUUGAGUUCCACGUCAAUGGAACAUGGGGAAGUCUCUGCUUGAAAAAAGACUACACAUCCUUCGACGAGCAAAGUGAUGUGAUCUGCCGUCAGCUUGGGUUAGGGUACGGCCUGGAAGCACCACAAGACGACCGCUUCGGUCGUGGGUCUGGCCCGGUGGUCUUCCCUACUUACGUCGUUUGUUCAGGCUCAGAAUCCUCGUUUGCUCAGUGCUACAUGCCAGAUGAACCGGAUCAAGAAUGUUUGAAUCUUGAGGGGAGUAGCGAGGCUAGCGUCAUUUGUAGCGGUCCGAUUCCAGAGGACCGAAGUCCAGUCAGUUUUCAGAGACGUCAAAAGGAUGGCUUGCUUGAAAUUUAUCACGAUGGGCGUUGGGGUGCCGUUUGUGCAAACGGCUGGACAGAUGCCAACUCCAAAGUCGUGUGCAGAGAACUGGGACUUGGAGCCCCGAAAUCGCUGUCGUCACGGCUGCAGUACCAUCCAUUCUCGUAUUCGCCAGCCUGGCGGUUUUCCUGCACUAACUCGUGUAAUGACUCCUUCGUCUUUCCCAGGUGA